AUGGCCGCGCCCUCGAUCCCCAACCUUCUGUCCCUCAAGGACGGCGGCCGCGGCAGAGGCAGAGGCAGACGGCCGGCUGGCCCGCCCGACUCUUCUUGUCCGGGCGUCUCUCCCGAUGUCGCGGUUCAAGGCACCGACACCGACGCAGCCGUGUCUCGCCUCAGCGCCGUCGACCUGGGGUACCUGGACGACCCAUACGCAAGGCUGUUUGUGUCGGGGCCGCCGACGAGGCGGCUGCCCAUCAUCAACCGAGGGACGUACAUGCGGACGACGUGCCUCGACGCCAUGAUUGCGGCCUUUCUCUGCCACAACGGCGCCCGUCCCAAGCAAAUCAUCUCCCUGGGCGCCGGCAGCGACACCCGGCCCCUGCGCCUGCUCCAGAAGCCCGGGGCGCAAACCAUCGUCUACCACGAAGUCGACUUGGAGCCGACCUGCCGACGCAAGCUCGCCGCGGCCCAGUCGUGCCCGAGCCUGCGGCAGAUAUUCAAGGACCACAGCAUCCGCGACGACGGCGGCGGCGGCGGUUCGUGGAGCGCCGAGCCGCGCUGGGGCGGCGAGUACCGCUGCCACGCCCUGGACCUGCGCGACCUGGCCAAGACGACGGCCAGCCUGCCGCGCGGCAUGCGCGCCGACCUCCCGACCCUCGUCCUGUCCGAGUGCUGUCUGUGCUACCUGGGCGCCCGGGAGUCGGAAGACGUCCUGCGCUUCUUCAGCGCCCGGAUAGGCGACCUCGCCGCCCUGCUGUACGAGCCCAUGCCCCUCGACGACGCCUUCGGGGCCAUGAUGAUGGCCAACCUGAAGGCUCGCCACAUCUACAUGCCUUCCCUGGACAAGUACAGGAACCAGCGGGGCCAGCUCGCGCGGCUCGAGCAGUCCGGGUUCGAGAGCGUCGGCUGCGCCACCAUCGACAAGGCGUGGGACGAGUGGGUCGACAAGAGCGAGAGGGAGAGGGUCGACGGGCUGGAGGGGCUGGACGAGGUGGAGGAGUGGAAGUUGCUGGCGGCGCAUUACCUGGUGGUUUGGGGGGCCCGGGGGGUCACUUUUGGAUCCCUGGGCGACCGGACCAUGUGA